CUCCGAUCUAUCAUCACACGUGACCGGAUCUGACCCUCGCCGCUUCGGCCGACAAUAUAGCUAAGCGAUGUUCCGCUCGGAGUACCACAGGCGAACUCAGUGGAGAAGGUAUAACGGUAUAUAAGUGAGAUCUGUCCUCCACAUCUUCCCAUCUUCGUCGCCCAACAUGCUUCACCACCUUCUUACUCUACUGACUUGUCUAUCAACCACCAUCGCCUUGCCAGCGAAGCACCUUCCCGUUCGGCAGUCCACAGACUCCUUUCGUGACAUUGCGUAUUACGCCUACUUCCAGGAUGCGAAUCAUCAACCGUAUAAUAUUUUGCCCAUCAUAGAGAACCCAUCUCACAUCACUCACCUCAAUCUUUUCUCUGUCGAUCUCCGGACAAGCGGCCCAAACCUCACGAUCGGAGGCGUUGCACCGACCGAUUCAUCCUUUCUAGGUGAUCUAUGGGGUGAAGUAAAACAGGUGCAGCAAGCGGGUGUGAAAGUUCUCGCUUCGAUUGGCGCAUAUCAGGCCGAGUGUUGGAUCCUUCUACAGGACGAUUUCAACACUUGGUAUCCCAUUCUUUUGGACUUUCUUCAAAGAUACGAGCUGGAUGGAGUGGAUCUGGACAUCGAGCCAAAUGCCCAAGGUCAGACCCCGAACGGGAUUGCAGCCCCUCUUCAACUCAUCCAAGCUCUACGUAAUGACAUGGCUGCGGACUUCAUCAUCAGCAUGGCGCCCGUGGCCGCAGAUCUGACGGCCAAUCCCCCCGAAUAUUCUGGAUUCGAUUACAAGCAGCUUGACAAUGCCGCGGUAGGCCCGGACGGCCAACAUCAGAUCGACUUCUUCAAUGGUCAAUUCUACAAUGGAUGGGGAGACUGCAGCGACGCCUCGACUUAUGAUUCUAUCAUCCUGAACGGUUACUCCCCUGACAGAGUCAUCUUUGGCGUUCUCGCAGACAGUGAAGAUGGAAACGGGUUCUGCUCCAUCUCAACACUGACGACAACAAUAAAGACCAUACGUACGACGUAUCCGACGAUGGGAGGAGCAGAUGGCUACGAGCUGGUGCGUGCCGGACAAGAUGAUGAUCUUCAAAAUUGGCAAUGGUUCCAAGGCAUUUACAAUGCCAGCACGACGGCUCUAUUAGCGUUAUGACAUGCCGUGGCUGUUCUAGCAUGCAUUCAGUAACGAGUAUUGGU